UCAAAGAGUUGAAGUAGACAAGUGUGUUUGUUUAAAUUUUGUUCUCAUUAAGUUAAAUUUAAGGAGAUUUAAAUAAAACUUGUUAUAAAAACAAUGAACGGGUAUUAUUCAAAUGAUACUUCACUUAGGAAAUUGUUAUUAUCUUGGAAAUGUCAAAUACUCGCGGUACAUAUUGAAGAGGAAGGCAUUGAUAUUGAAGAACUAGAAAUGAUGAAGGCGGAACAUAUGACUGAACUAUUACGCAAUUAUCGUUUGGGUAUUCGGAUUCGAUUCGAACAUCACUUUGAAAAAUGGCGUUGUAGUAUAAACAAGCCAAUUGUAAAUAGUGUUGCAAAUUAUAAUAACACGGCUCCAUUUAGACCUACAUGCAAUGGAUUUCAAAAUCCUAAUGAAAAUACUCAGAUGCUAAGUAAAAAAUCUGUCAGUGUUGGCGUAAAUACUGAUCCAGUAGAAUUGUGCACAAUUUCUAUAAAUCCACCAAUUCCACCAUUAGUUGCACUUCCACCACCAAUUAUAGCAACGCAAAAAAAGAGAAAAACGCAAGAGCAUAAAGAUGUGCAACAACUUCCACAGUUAAUCCCAAUGUCUCCCCCCUCAUCUUCUCGUUGUAAUAUAAAAAUAAAAAAUAAGAAAUCAAAUAAUUCACGUAGAAUGUCUGUAAUGAAUAUACUUAAAUCAUCUGGAUGUAAAGGAUUAGAUGUGUUUGCAUCCUAUGAGAAGAACCGCAUUCUGACAGAACAAGAUCGCACAACAAUUGUAAAUUUAAUUGCAGAGUAUUUUAUAGAGAACAACCUACAUAUCUCACUGAAAACAAGUUAUGCUUUAGAACGACAGAUUCUAAAUCUGUUCCCGACUGAGAAACUUAGAAACUAUCGUACCUCCAGACGUGGGAGAAUUUAUGUCAGAUAUUAUAAUUCGAAAUGUUAUAGACGUGCAAAACGAAUAAUUGUGAAUAGUAAAGGUACUAAAACUCAUGACAGUUUGGAUAAUAACAAAUCAAAUAAUUUGCUUGAUAGUAACCAACAAUUACAGUCUUGUGAUGCACCUGGGAUGAUUGAGGGUUUUAAAAUUAAAGAUGAAAACGAUACACACGAUUUUAACACGUUAUGAAUAAGAAACAUUAGCCUAUGAGGUGCUUCAUAUUG